AUGUCUGAAGCUGCAGGAUCAUCGGAGAAAGCGGUCAAUGUGAGGCUACACUCGCAGGUGGAAGAAGACGAACGUGAAGCUGACAAUUCGUCCUCUGACGAUGACUACGGCCCUGCUCUUCCUUCCGGUCCAUUGAAGAAGAAAAAGCGGAGAGAACUGCCCUAUGAGAAACUCUAUAUCAAGGCCCUUCCAGCUUCUCCACGAUACUCUAAAUCGUUGAUGCACCGGGAUCAACUUGCGUAUGUGACUGUGACACCACAUACUGAUUUCAUCAUCACAAGCUCAAUAGAUGGCGUGGUCAAGUUUUGGAAGAAAAUGGCUGUUGGUAUGGAGUUUGUGAAGGAGUUUCGUGCCCACAUGGGGGAGAUCAAGGGGGUCAGCGUGACAUCAGAUGGACGAAGUUUUGCAACCAUUGGGGAUGACAAAACUAUGAAAGUAUUUGAUGUGAUAACAUUCGCGGUGACAAGCGAGGAAGAUAAUACCAUAUUAAUAUUCGACGGCCGAUGUGAGAAGACAGCACCUCUUCACAAACUGAACUCAGUACACAGAGCGCCCGUUAUUUCCAUGGCCUUUAACAAUGCAUUCAAUUGCGUGAUAUCUGUUGAUAAUAAAGGAAUGGUAGAAUACUGGCGUCCAGAUGAACCAUUUGACAAACCAGAAGGCGUUUUCGAUUUGAAAUCAUCAACAGACCUCUUCAUCUUCAAAAAAUCAAAAUCGUUGCCAUCAUCGAUCUCAAUAUCUCCAUCGGGUCAUCAAUUUGCAACAUUCUCGUUCCCGGACAGGCAAGUUCGAGUCUUCGAUUUUGCUUCCGGAAAGUUAUACCGAUCGUACGAUGAGUCCAUUCAGACUGUGACAGAGAUGCAGCAGGCGGGAACUGCUCUUCAAAAACUAGAGGAAGUCGAGUUUGGUCGUCGAUUGGCUACAGAACGCGAACUUGGGAACCCUGCCACAGCCCCCAAGGUAAAUGUGAUAUUCGAUGAGUCUGGGCAUUUUAUAUUAUAUGGUUCAAUCCUGGGCGUAAAAUGUAUAAAUACAUUUACGAACAGGGUCAUCAGGGUGUUUGGAAAAGACGAGCCUUUCCGAGCCCUGAACCUCGGAAUAUAUCAAGGCCAGCCGCAGAAGAAAGGAGUUGUGACUGUUUCUAUGGCGGCUAGUUCAAAUCCACUUCUUCAAGAAGCUGAAGAGCGCGACCCGAUCCUAAUAACCACCGGGUUUGCCAAGGUCAGGUUCUAUCUCUAUACCAACGAAACAGAAAUAUCAAAAACAACGCGAGAUAUCCAGAACGAGAAGCCGAUACAUGACAAAGGCGGUGCAGACUCGGCCGCGGCCGCAAAGCCUGCGGAAACAGGAACGUCCGCAAUUUUACACACCACCCUUGGAGAUGUCCAUCUUCGACUUUUCCCUUCUGUUGCUCCAAAGACAGUCGAAAAUUUCGUGACCCAUUCGAGGAAUGGGUACUAUAACAACACCAUAUUCCACCGUGUCAUUCGCAAGUUUAUGAUACAAGCUGGUGAUCCUCUUGGGGACGGCACUGGAGGAGAAUCCAUCUGGGGAGGGGAGUUCGAAGAUGAAUUUUCAUCUCUCAAGCAUGACAAGCCAUAUACACUUUCCAUGGCCAAUGCAGGGCCAAACACCAAUGCAAGCCAGUUUUUUAUCACAACGGAGAAGGCACCUUGGUUGGAUGGGCAUCAUACCAUUUUCGGUCGGGCGGUCAAGGGCAUGGACGUGAUACAUAAGAUCGAGAACGUUAAGACACAUAAGGAGAAACCUGAAGAGGAUGUAAAGAUAGUCAGCAUUAGUAUCAGCUAG